AUGCGAUCGGUCGAUGAGAUGGCGACGUCACACAUACUGUCCGCCAUUGAUCCAAUUAUAACCGGGUCGGCAAACACUCCGACGGGUGGCGGUAUGAACGGUGGCGAUGGAGGAUCCGUGCCGAAUGGGGCCAGCACAGGGGCGGGCUCGACCGUUGGUGGGACCUUGCUGCAGUCCGGGUCGACGGUUAUGGGGCGCGGUGCAGGUGACCGCAGCCUCUCGGUAACGCUCGACGAUCGGGACCUUUGGUUGCGCUUCCAGAAUCUUACCAACGAAAUGAUCGUCACGAAAAACGGCAGACGCAUGUUCCCAGUGGUAAAGGUGACCGCUACCGGGCUCGAUCCGACCGCCAUGUACACGGUACUGCUGGAAUUUUCGCAAGUCGACUCACAUCGCUGGAAGUACGUCAACGGCGAAUGGGUUGCCGGUGGGAAAGCAGAAGCACCACCGCCGAACCCGGUCUACGUGCACCCGGAGUCGCCAAACUUCGGACAGCACUGGAUGAAGGAACCGAUCUCCUUCGCCAAGGUGAAGCUCACCAACAAAACCAACGGCAAUGGGCAGAUCAUGCUAAACUCGCUCCACAAAUACGAGCCGCGUGUACAUCUGGUGCAGGUGGUGUCGGAUGCGCGCGAUCAGCGCAACGUUCACACGUACCCGUUCCCAGAGACGCAGUUCAUCGCCGUAACGGCGUACCAGAACGAGGAGGUCACCUCGCUCAAGAUCAAAUACAACCCGUUUGCGAAGGCCUUCCUCGAUGCGAAGGAGCGGCCCGAUUCGGUGUACUCGCGUGAAAGUUCUACGUACGGAUGGUUAAACUUUCAUCCUUCCUACGCGACAGCUCAAUCACCCCUGCAGGCGCAGGUGGAUCGAUCCUACCAGCACUCGCACUCCGUUGCCCGGACGAAUCGUGUCGCUCCUUACACCACCCAACGCUCACGGAACACCAGCGGAAGUUCCUCGCCCCAGCACAGUUCGUACCUGCCGCUGGACUCGGUAUCCUCGCCCGUCUUCUCGUCUUAUCCGUCGACGUGGCAAACACAAACCACACCGAGUGCCUCUUACUGGAGCAAUCCAACCGGUGCGGUGCAACAACCGCUCGGUACCAACCCGGGAAGUCCAAACUCAAUCGCGCCCAACAUCUCUCCGACACCUUCGAACGGGUCACCGUCCUAUGCGACCUCGUCACCAACGUACCCGGCAAGUCAUCCGGCACUGACACCGCAGCACCCGCAGUACAUUCCCGUGUCCAGUGCGCAGAUGGAAGGGAUUUACCAACCAGCUGGAUCACCCCAGCAAAUCUACACUCCAUCCAGCCAUCAGAUUUACCAUCCAACCCCGACGCAAGUUUCUCCAAAUCAUCAGCUGUACGGGAACGUUCUAAACGCGCCGUCCAUCACAAAUCUAGGCUACUCCGCCUCUUGGCACAGCGCCAGUGACUUCAGUGUCUACCAAAGCACGUACCACUAUCCGACGGCCGAGUACAUCCCCAUGAUAGGAGAGAUUAACACUUACAACCAUCCCUCGGAUAUAACCGAGCUGACCUCGGUAGGAGCAACGCAUCGGCAUCUGGAACCGGCGGCACCAUCGCCACUACAGUACCACCACCACGGGCAUCAUUUAAGCGAAGGUUCUGCGAUGAUCCCAACGCAUCACCAUCAUCAUCAUCAGCAGCAGCAGCAGCAGCUGCACGGCACUACGAAUGCGCAAUGUGCCGAGAAUCAAAGCCCCGAGCCAACACCCGGUACGGUUACGACCAGUGUUGCCAGCUCGCUCAGUUCGGUCGUUUCGUCAGCCAAUGCCGUAGGAUCGGCGGGACAACUUUCCCACAGUCCCGGUCGAACGUCGCUUAAUGCCGUCGGGAGUGCCUGGACACCGCUAACACCACCACAGACAACCAGUAUCUGA